CACUUUAUUUUUAUCGCGUUUUUUCGUUCCUCUUUCGUUCUUUCCGUUUAUGAUUUAAGCCGCCACCAUGUCGAAAGGAGACGGUGAACAGCAAAACGGUGGUGGCGAGGAGUCCAAGACUAACCUCAUCAUAAACUAUCUACCGCAGUCGAUGACGCAAGAGGAGAUCCGGAGCCUAUUCUCCAGCAUCGGCGAGGUGGAGUCAUGUAAGCUCAUCCGCAACAAGGGCGCGGCCUUCCCCGACGCGCUCAACCACGCGCUGCACGGCGGCGGCCAGAGCCUCGGCUACGCCUUCGUCAACUACCACCGGCCCGAGGACGCCGAGAAGGCCAUCGCCACGCUCAACGGCCUGCGUUUGCAGAACAAGACUAUCAAAGUGUCCUACGCGCGCCCCAGCAGCGAGGCCAUUAAGGGCGCCAACCUGUACGUCUCCGGACUGCCCAAGACUAUGACACAGGCGGAACUAGAGCGGCUAUUUAGCCCGUACGGUCGAAUCAUUACGUCGCGGAUUCUGUGCGAGAACUCGGGCGGCCGACCCUUCACCGGCGGCGAGCAGGGCCUGUCCAAGGGCGUCGGCUUCAUCCGCUUCGACCAGCGCGUGGAGGCGGAGCGCGCGAUCCAGGAGCUGAACGGGACGGUGCCGAAGGGCGCCACGGAGCCCAUCACAGUGAAGUUCGCGAACAACCCCAGCAACAACGGCAAGGCGCUGGCGCCGCUGGCGGCGUACCUGCCUGCCGCGCUGCGCUUCCCCGCGCCGCUGGGCCGGUUCAGCUCAGGCAAGUCCCUCCUAGCCAUCAACAAGGGCCUGCAGCGCUACAGCCCGCUGGCCGGCGAGCUGCUGGGCGGCGUGCUGCCGGGCGCCGUGGGCUCCGAGUGGUGCAUCUUCGUGUACAACCUGGCGCCCGAGACCGAGGAGAACGUGCUGUGGCAGCUGUUCGGGCCCUUCGGCGCCGUGCAGAGCGUCAAGGUGAUCCGCGACCUGCAGACCAACAAGUGCAAGGGCUACGGCUUCAUCACCAUGACCAACUACGACGAGGCGGUGGUGGCCAUCCAGUCGCUCAACGGGUACACGCUCGGCAACCGCGUGCUGCAGGUCAGCUUCAAGACUAAUAAGAUCAAGACCAUCUAAGGGGGUCGCCCCAGAUUCGGCCUAGCCGGACGCUAGGACGGCACAGCAGGCGCGCACCCAUACAUACAUACACACGUACUGGCAUCGGAGAGCCGACAUCGCGCCACGGAACCUUCUCACCUUACUGUGAAAAUAUAGUAUUUUGUCGUGUUAUAUACUUAUAUGUAAAAUAUUACGUUUUCACCGUGUUUUUGCGAUAGUGGUGGACUUGAACUUUAACGGUGUCGAUACAAAAUGCCAAAUACUUGAUAAGCAUGAGUCUAACUGUAAUAUAGACGUAGGUGACAUUCCUCAUUGGAUCUGACUACAGACUGUCUUCCGAGACGGCCCGCCCCCGGCAGGUCGCCGGGCGGGCGUUUUUAUAAUUGUAAAACUAGAGAAAUGUUUCGAGUGUAAUGUGUGGUAACCCUUUGUUCGGCGCGGGGUACAGUCGGCCGCGAGAAUUGGGUUAAGUGUUGAGGAAACAAGAUGGCGCCCGGCGAGGCGCGCAGGCGCGGGGAAGAUGGCGCCGGCGAGGGAGCCACGGUAGUAGCACGCUCCACAUGAGAUGUGGGACACCCGGCCAUAACGCAACAUACAUAUUGCUAAUAGUCAAUAACAAAAUAAUGAUAUUAAACUUCGCUUAUGAACGGUUGUGGUUAUCGAGAAAAUAGUUUUCGAAUAUAAAAUAAUAUUAGCAAUAAUAGCCUAAAUGCUAUGCUCCAAUUUUUUAUGCGAUCAUAUCGUAAUAAUUACAUUAACGUACGUAUAAUACGAGGUAAGGCCGGCUGAGACGCUCGCCGACACACAUCCCGCGAGUACAGGCGCGCACACUGGCGUCGUACCGCGCGCGGCCGCCCGACUGGCCGACUAAUCGAAGUAAAAUAGUGUUAUAUUGUUAAAGAUUGGAAAGAAAAAUAUAUAUUAUCUAUACGUAUAUUUUAAUCAUAUAUUAAAAUUAAGGAUGAAAAAAAAACUAAUCAAAAACUGUGAUAGGUUUUGAUAAAAUUUUAAAGAUCACGCGAUGGUGGAGGCGACUGUACGAGGUCCGCAGGCCUGACAGUAGUUAGUAUUAGAAAAAUUUUUGAGAUACAUUUUCGAUUGUGGUAUUACGCAUAACACGACGGGCGAUGCCAAGUCGUACGGGAGUUGACGGAUGUUCCGAGCGGAGCUUGCGGAAAAUCGAUCGAGCCAGUUCUGGGGAGCGCGCACACGGCGAGCGAGGGGGCCGGGCGG